CAACACCUUUCAUCUAACUGAGAAUAUGUCUGGUCGUGGCAAAACCGGAGCGAAAGCCAGAGCGAAGGCAAAGACCAGGUCAUCUAGAGCCGGCCUACAGUUCCCAGUGGGCCGUGUCCACAGGCUGCUGCGGAAAGGUCACUACGGCAAGCGCAUCGGUGCCGGCGCCCCCGUCUACCUGGCGGCGGUGCUGGAGUAUCUGACCGCCGAGAUCCUGGAGUUGGCGGGAAACGCAGCCCGCGACAACAAGAAGACCCGGAUCAUUCCCCGCCAUCUCCAGCUGGCUGUGCGCAACGACGAAGAGCUCAACAAGCUUCUUGGCCGAGUUACCAUCGCCCAGGGCGGCGUGUUGCCCAACAUCCAGGCUGUGCUUCUGCCCAAGAAGGCGGAAAGGGCCGCCAAGAAGUAAUCCUGCGUCCACUAAUCACCUCCACCUCUAACGGUUCUUUUAAGGGCCACACACUUCUUACCUGGAGAGACUUGUCCUCUUAAUCUGUGAUUCUUGAUUCACUAACUAGUGAUUGUUUAAUUGUGCAAUAGAUUUAUUUACAUCUAUAUAUAUACACACACGCAUAUUUGUGUGUGUGUAUAUACACUUGCAUAUGUAUGUACACACUUGUAUGUUUAUUUCUACAUAUACACGUGUGUGCGUGUAUAUGUGUAUAUAUAUAUAUAUAUAUAUAUAUAUUUACACACACGUGUGUGUAUGUAUAUAUAAAUACACAGAAGUAUGUAUGUGUGAGUAUGUGUAUAUAUAUAUAAACACACAUUUGUGUGUUUACAUAUAUAUACACACAAGUAGGUGUGUGUGUAUAUAUAUACACAUUUGUGUGUGUGUGUAUAUAUAUACACAUUUAUAUACACACGUGUGUGUAUAUAUACACAAAUAGGUGUGUGUGUG